AUGUCAAGCAACAAUUUUUUAAAUGAUUUCAAUAUAUAAAAGAUUCCUUAAUUUUCUUAUUACUUCCCAAAAUAUUAACUCUUAUUGAUAAAUAAAUCGAAUGGCAAAUCAUAAAAAAAAUCUAUGGGAUGUAUUCAAAAUAAGGGUCCAAGCGUAGAAAUUACUAUAAUUAUAUUGAGUCCUCCUCUUUGUGAUUCGCCUUCAAAUGAAUUUACUCUUAAACCGUAUCACAAUGACUAAUUUCCUGCUGCUCGUUUGCCUACUAACACAUCAGUUCAUUGCUUUCAUACAGAAUACAUUUAAUAAAAAGGAUUGGCUUGGUCCUAAAGGUGUUAAACAGUGAUAGAUGGGCAGGAAUCAUAUAAUAGCCAACCCUCUAAUAGCUGUCCAUACUUUUGA